UACACGUUGGUAACAUAUAUCAACAAAAUGGCUACGCAUUUAAGUUCUGUUAAUCAAAGUUCAGAUUUUUUGAAUGACUAUUGCUGUGAUGCAUGUGAAGGUAAACAUAUUCAGGAAAUUGCAGAGUGGUAUUGUGAAACCUGUAUGAAGUGUUUUUGUGUACCAUGUAAUCAUCAUCACAGUCAGUUAUAUUCUUACCAUACCACAUACGGUAGGGGUGACUUGAACAAGUGGCCUCUCACCAAGGAAAUAGAGGACUUUCUCCAGAAAUGUGAUGUCCACAAAGACAAGAAGCUGAAAAUGUUAUGUCAGGACCAUGAUCAACUGUGCUGUACUAACUGUGCUUUUGUAAAUCACAGACAGUGCACCAACGUGACUUUCAUUUCUGAUACAGUCAAAACUUAUUCGACAGACCUAAAGCAGCUUGCAGACAAAAUACAAACCAUUGUGACAGAUUUGAAAAAGCUUGAAGGUAACCGAGAGGCUGGUAUUCAGUCUAUAGAAGAUUCAUACAAUGAUCGAGUACAAGAGAUAAGAGAUGCACGUGAGAGAAUAAAUGCUGCUCUAAAUGACAUAGAAAAGAACACCAUGAGGGAAUUAGAUGCUAUUAGAACGGCUCAUCAUUCCUCUUUAAAGAAGGAUGUAGAGAAAUGUAACAAGCUGAGUGAUGAACUGAAAGAACUCAUUGAAGCUGUACAAGAUCUUGAGGGUAAAGAUAAGGCGGAACUGGCAUUCAUAGCCAGCAAGAAAAGUCAUAGCAAGAUACAGGAGUCUGAAUCAUUUCUGAAGGAAACAUCGGUUGCGGUUGAUCGUUCAUUUUCAUUCCAACCAAACACAGACAUUGUGCAGUACCUGUCAAAACAGGUGGGUCUGGGAAAUAUUGCGCACCCAAAUCAUGUAUUAACUGUUUCGCAGUCAAAUGAAUUUGAUCUGAGCAUACUGAGUGAUUUAUGUGUUAUCGCUAACAAUAGGAUCAUUGUAACUGACUAUCUCCUUAAAAGAGUGAAGCUUCUGGACCAGAACUACAAAGUAAUCAACCAACUUGAUAUGCCCCAUUAUGUCAGAGACAUGUGCAAGAUCAGUUCAAAUGAAGUGGCAGUUACUCUGUUUGAGGGUGAUAGAAAUUUGGUCCAAUUUAUUUGUGUAAAUAAUGGACAGCUGGUAAAGGGCAAACAACUUCAAUUUCAACAUAAGUGCGCUGGAAUUGCCCACCAUGAAGGCAAGUUGUUUGUAACCUCUCGAACUGCUCUGUACCAGUACAGCCUGUCUGGGGAACUUUUGAAAAAAUAUUUGGAAGAUACAUCUUCAGACAAGACAGUAUUCAAAUGUGCUGCAAGUCUAACCGGUGACAGAAUUUAUGUCACUAACUACACCUACCACAAGCUUCUGACAAUAGCGACAGAUGGAACCCUUAUAUCUUCGUUUACUGACCCUGAACUGCAGAAUCCGUAUGGGGUACAUGUUACUACUGAAGGCCAGGUGCUAGUCUGUUGUGGCUCAUCUAACUCUAUUAUACAAGUGGACAGCGAGGGCAAGAAGAAAUUGGCUACUCUGGCUUCAAAGAAGGAUGGUAUGAUCAAUCCAGUGUCAGUUUGCUACAAUCGCAACACUAACUCCUUAGUUGUUGGUCAAUACAACAUCAAGCAGAACAAAAACAUACUUGUAUUUAAAGUCAAAUAGGUACUUCCUAUGUAAACAGACAAUUGUUUGGUGUUCAUCAAUUAGUUUCAAUAUAAUAAGUCCUUAAAUGACAUGGUAAUACCAUUUGAUAGACAACGCAUGAACAUUAUUAUUUUUGGAGAGUAUCUAAUAUAUGUAUACCAUAAUUCAGGGAGGUUUCUUUGUUUUAGCGAUAUUCUUGUAAUGUGAUCUUCAAACAGACAUUGUUCGGCAGAGCCUCAUAAAAAGGUUAUUGUGCCAUUACUAAUGUGCAUGAUAUUAUAGAAUUAUUGAUGAAAAGGUAAUUGCAUAUUAUCUUAAAUUAACUUGAAAUAAAAGCAUAUCAAACGAGGCGCACCCGAUGUAAAUGUGUUUUUUGCAAGUAAAUAUCAGAUGAUAUUAUAUAGUUUUGUAGUCAAUAGUUGUUUGAUUAUAUUACUUCCUUAUUCUUUAACUCACGUGCAGUUUUCAUUAAA